CGCACGUUUUGAGACGGAUGAUAGUGGUGUAAUAAUUUUAUUGGAUUUUGCUUAAUUCUGCUCAUUUUCCUGUUCAAGUUUCCUCCAGGAACCGAGAUCACAUGAUGUCGACCGAGAGGGGCACGGUGAACGGGACAGGGGGCCGGGGGAGGGGCAGAAGAUCUCGUGGGGGUACCACCAACAACACACCAGUCGUCAGUGAUGACGGGGCCCAACCCGGCACUAGUUCCUCUGGGUCCAGCCCUUCCGACUCCCAACCGGCUGUCGUCGUUCCCAAACCAACCCCUAAAUCUUCAAAAACAAUGGGCACCAGCUUAAAAAGGAUCCAGAAAGAAUUGGCUGAAAUCACUUUGGACCCUCCUCCGAACUGCAGUGCUGGUCCAAAGGGAGACAACAUGUACGAGUGGGUAUCCACGAUACUCGGACCCCCGGGCUCUGUGUAUGAGGGCGGCGUUUUCUUCCUGGAUAUCCAUUUUGCACCAGACUAUCCAUUUAAACCUCCAAAGGUGAUGUUUCGCACAAGAAUCUAUCAUUGUAACAUCAACAGUCAGGGUGUUAUCUGCUUGGACAUCCUAAAGGACAACUGGAGUCCAGCACUGACCAUCAGUAAAGUUCUUCUCUCCAUCUGCUCUUUAUUGACCGACUGUAACCCUUCCGACCCGCUGGUCGGUAGCAUUGCCACACAGUAUGUCCAGAAUCGGCCAGAACAUGAUCGUGUUGCUCGACUUUGGACGAAGAGAUUCGCUACAGGAUUAUAAGGUCAGCUGUUGAUAGGGUUCAAAUAUAUCUGACCUGUGGUGACUGGAGAUUUCAUUCCCAAAGUCGUUGCGAUUUCAAACAAUGUGGGAGUCGUAAGCUCUUAGAUAUCAAAACUCAUCCAAAGGUCUGAUCAGGAGAGAUAACUCUUCAUCUGAUGUCUCAUGAUAGGUUUUUUUUUUAAACGAAAAAUGAAAAAAAAAAAUGUUUGGAAAGUAUCUUGUGGACAACAGUUCAACAUAGUGAUUCAGGCUGGUAGACACUUGCUGUGCUUCCAUAAAUGCAGAACCUUUAGAUUAAGGAGGGGAAACUAUUUCUCAAAAUAUGGAGGAUUUUGUACAUCAAACAGCUCUCCAACUGAAAAGGAGUAUGAUAUAUAUAUAUAUAUAUAUAUAUAUAUAUAUAUGUAUAAUAUAUAUAUAUAUAUGUAUGUAUUUUUAAGUGAUUUUAAGUUUUUAAAUAUGGUAUUGUAUUAUUUGUGGAUGGCUGUUAAAAACAAUCCACAUAUUGCUGUAGUGGUCUCCCUUAGUUGACGUGAAAAUGAUUUCAUUGGAAGACCUGUGUUUGUUGGACUGUGAUCACCAUCCCAUUUCUAGAGACUUUCUCAAAGACAUGGAAAUUCUGGGAUUUUUCUGCCACAGCUCUAUCAGUAGCACAUCAAAUGAGAGAUGAAAGAUUUACGUCUAAGUAUUGGGAAUUCUACAAGUAGAACUCCCAAAGUUGUGAGAUUUUCAACCUGAUAAAAUAAAUAUUUUCAGGUUACCUAACUUCAGAAAAUGUCAAAAGAAUUCAAACAAAAUAAUUUAAAUGCAAUAUGGUGGAAGUUUUUCUGUUGAGAGAAAAGUGUUUGAAGAGCUGUCCAUUUGACUGUAGAGGGCAGUACAAUGACUGGUGGUGCUUAGGGAGUGGUCUGGUCCAUUCUUUUAAGCAAUGGACUAAAUGUGUGCUAUGAUACUGAAAUAGUGUACAUGUUGAAUGUAACUGCACUUCAGUCAUGUUUUAUAAAGUAAGUACACAUUGGUAGUAGAUUUUUGCAUGUUUGUAUGAUAAAAUUGUACAACAUUGAGAUACAGGUUUGUAUGUACUCGUGUGUGCAUGGUUGCUGGCGACAUCUUCUUGAAUUUCUUUUUCAUACAUUUGAUAAUUAUAUUUUGUACAAAAUUUAUUCAAGAUUCAAAUAUAUAUAUAUUUCAUUUUUAGAUGAGAAAUCUUUAUGAAAUUAAGGAAAGAUGAAAAUGAUUCUUGUCAGAAUUGUGACAUUAGAGACCCAUGAUAUUGAGGAAAAGGGAGAUAACUCUGGGAAUACCAAGUUUGAGAGAUAUCAUUGUGAACUACUAACUAUGGAUAAUAUAUCUUAACUCCCCUCCUACCAGCCACUUACCUUCCCACCUACACCCACCCACCCAGCCGAAUUUCAGCAAAUGUAUGGUACCAGGGAAAAAUAUUUUAUAUUUGAAUAAAUUUGUACAUUUUAUGAAUUAGAUAAUGUGAUGAAGAGACUUAGGUGUAUCCGGUAUGUGAUGAGCUAGAGUAUGAUAUGUUCUUGUGUAUUUUUCUCAAUAUAAGACGUAUCUGUUCAGAGCUUCUGCUAGAGACAUACACCAGGUUUUGUAUAUCAUCUCCAUACAGACAUAUCUGUGAGAAGCUAGAUACAUCCAUUCAUGUCCCUGUGUAUUUGUCUUUAUACAAGACACAUCUUUUGAAGUGUUUACAAAUGGUAUGGAUAGGUUACUUUAAAGUUGUGUAUAUGGGAGUGCUUCUAUUGUCAUGUUGAAAGGUAGACUCAUGAAAUUCAUAUUGUACAUUCUCAAAUUUAUUAAGUUAUGUUGAUGAGCAAAUGAGUGUUAUGUCUGCUGGAUCUGUGAAACCUUGCUAGUCCGGAUAUUGUGGUGACUGAUUUUUCCCUGUUUUUUUUCUUUCCGUUUGUAAUCAUACACAAUUUUUUCUAAAAGAAUUAACUGAAUUAUGAUUAUAAGAAUCAUACUAAGUAUAAUUGGUGCACACUUUUUUAAUUAACCCACGAAAAGGAGUCAUGGGGAGGGGGUUAUAUUAUUUGCUAUGAUGUUUUUUCUUUAUUAGUCAUAGUAAAACUAACAAGUUCUAGAUUCGAUAUUUCUCUAACCCAGACAGAAUAUGGGAAAAUCUACCUCCAUUGAAAUUUCAACAAUGUAUAGAAAAGACAUGCCUAUCUUUCAUGGUUCCUUUUUACAUUUUUUGUUCAGGUUUUCCAUAUCAGGGUAUUUUCUAGAUCUAUUUAUUAUCGCACAUAAGCAGGAGGGACUUUAUUGUAGUCAGGUGUUUGUGGUUGUUUUUUUAUUUAUUGUUUCUUGUUCAUUACUGUUUACAUUGUCACCUCUAACUCCAGAAAAAAAUUGUCUGUAUAGAAGUUCAUUCCAGUACAACAGUAUGAUGUAGUUUUGUAAAAUCAGAUCUGUUACACAUUUUCAUCAUGUUUUGAGUUUUUCAAUUUGAAUGGAAACAUAAAUGAUCACUCAGCUUCUUCAUUUCUCACCAUACAUGUACGUUUUACAAGUCGAGUUUUUGAUACGUGUCGAAGACCAAUUCUCGAUUAAUAACUGUUGACACAGUCUUGAUCAACAUUCACACUUUAAAUCCUUUUUGCCAAACGUUUUUUGUUGUGCUUUUGGAAUAUUGUCAGUGAAAUUAAACAUGACAAUCGUUUUUUGUACAAAACAAAAACAAAACUAGACAUCUGUAUGCACAAAAAAAUAGGAAUAUUUUCAGCUCGCCUUGUCAGCAAUGUCAAAGUCAUUCCAUAAUAUGAAAUAUGUGUUUGACUGAGGACAUUUAUAAUAUAAGGUGUGGAACCUCCUUGGGCUGAAGUGCUGGCCUCAGAAUAAUAGUGGUUCAAAAGGUUUGUGUAUAGAUGAAGGAAUUUUGUCAGAAUUUGGUCUUGUUUUGGAUGCUUAUAAAAGUUUUCCCCCUUACAUUUGAAAUGCAGAUUCUGAAAUAAGGAGAUAUUUACGAUAUACCAGGUAAAUGAUAAUGCAGAUGUAGAUAUAUGUUACAGAUAACCUGCUGUAUGAUUAUUUCAAUACUUAUAAUCUACCAAUUUCCUAUUUUCCGUUAUAUAUUUCAAUUUUUCAGUUACAUUUCAGAACUAUUUUAGUUCAUUGUGUUUACACACAGGAAAAUCACCUUUAUAAAGCACAAAUAUUCAGACAUAAACAAUCCUGAAGUCAUUGAUAUCUUAAUUAAAAAACUCAUUAUUAACCGUCUUGGGAUUGAUUUGUAAUUCUGAUGUUAUCAGAAAUAUAACACAUUUUCUUCAUGUUUUAAGAUACAAACUGGCGAGGUUGUGUAUGAAUUGAAUGAGAACUUGCCUGUUUUGUUAAUGUAUGUUGUAUAUGCAUUUAUGUAAGGGCUGAUGUGUAUGUAAGUGAGUAUAUGUUUUGGACCGUGAAGGAAAGUUAGUAUCGGAUAUGUAUUUACAGUAUUGUGUACAUGAGGAAUUUGAAUGAUAUUUUGAUGUGUGGGAGAGAGAGAGAGAAACAGAGAGCGAGUUUCUUGUGAGAAUAGUUGUCAUCAUCUCCAAUGUUACAUAUUAUGCCAUUCUGUCAUGGUAAAUAUUUUUAAAAUUAUACCAUGACUAGAGUUACUUCCCUUGAAUAAGAUUUAUUUAAUUCUCUAAUUAAACAAUUUCUAAAGAAUUCUUUUGAAUUAGUCAUUGUUGUACAAUUCUGAGAUCCCUUGUUGAUUACAUUAUCUUAAUUUAAUGUUAUUAUUCAAGGGAGAUAACUCUUGUUGCAAGUAUUGUUUAUUAUGAAACUUAUUGAUCAAUGCUAUAUAUAAAUAAAAUGUUAAA